CUUAGAGACCCCGUUUGUAGAAAACGGGAGCACAAUGCACAUAUGCUACGAUGAACAGGCAGCUUUCUCAAUUGUGAAAACUCACCCAUUUUUCUCUUCAUUUAUCUACGGCUACGAUGAAUAGAUAAGAGCCACUGUGAAUUCUAAAAGCAGCACUUGUUGCCGUUAAUUCUACCAGAAGAGCCACUGUUCAAAGUUGAGUAUAAGCCCUGCCAUUUCAGAGCCCCUAAGACAGGGAUAUGGGUGAUUUGUAUGCCCUGGAUUUCGACGGGGUUCUCUGUGAUAGUUGCGGAGAAAGCUCUCUAUCUGCUGUAAAGGCUGCCAGAGUGAGAUGGCCCAGUCUGUUCAAGACUCUUGAUCCUUCGUCAGAAGAUUGGAUUGUUUAUCAUAUGCAUAUUGUUAGGCCUGUGGUAGAAUUUGGCUAUGAAAAUCUAUUGCUUGUGAGGCUUCUGUUAGAAAUUAGAGUUCCUUCCGUUCGCAAGUCCUCGGUUGGUAUUCAGAAACUAUCAAAUAGUUGAAUCGGUUGCAGAUGGACUUACAGUCUACGAUAUACUUGAAAACUGGAGGAAGAUAAAGCCUCUCAUUACUGAAGAGUGGAAUGAAAACGUAGAUGAACUGAUUGAUCUUUUUGGUAAGGUCAGGGAUGCCUGGAUGGACAAUGAUAUGGAUACUUGGAUUGGAUCAAACAGGUUUUAUCCUGGAGUAGCAGAUGCGCUGAAGUUUGCAAGCUCAAAUAUCUACAUUGUGACCACAAAACAGAGCCGCUUCGCAUAUUCAUUACUUCAUGAGCUUGCUGGCGUAACUAUUGCCCCUGAAAUGAUCUAUGGUCUAGGUACAGGGCCGAAAGUAAAAGUGCUGAAGGAGCUUCAAGAAAUGCCAGAAAACAAGGGCCUUACCCUACACUUUGUGGAAGACCGACUUGCAACCCUAAAGAAUGUGAUCAAAGAGCCUGAAUUAGAUGGAUGGAACUUGUAUCUAGGUGAUUGGGGUUACAACACUCCAAAAGAGAGGGAGGAAGCUGCACAGAUUUCUAGAAUUCACCUUCUUGAGCUCUCUGAUUUCAGCAAAAAGUUGAAAUGAUCACCAUUUUUCACAAUUUCAGUCUACAACCUAUUACGACUUUGAAGCAUACCUAUAAGCAGUUGUGACAAAUUGACUGCUCCCAAUAAGUGUAGUUCUGCAGGAAGUUUAAGUGUAGAAUGAUUGUCACUAUAUGUGCAUAAAUAUUGUGUAAGUCUAUCCUCCUUGAUAGAAAUGUUUGUUUUGCAAGGUUUGCAUUCUGGAAAAUGCUUAAGGAAAGAAAAUGCUGAGAAAAGUUAUUUUCUUAUUUUUGGUUUUACUUUGGAAAACAAUGGAAUAUGAUUUUUUUGUGUGUAUAAACUAGACUUGAUGAAGAACAUGCCAUAAAAAUUU